AUGAAACCUCAACAUCAAAACACUAACUUUUCAACUGCAUGCUUUGACCAUACUACAUUUUCAAAAGCUUGGCAUAUUAGUCAACUCAAUGCUACUCCCAUCUCAGCAAGAAGUGUUCCUUCAAACAGUAAACAAUACCCCACCUACACUUUGAAUACAGGAUAUGGCAGUAAUCAAACAUAUUUUGAAGGAAACAAUAGACUACUCAACCAUGAUAACUUUCAAACCUUUAAUUCUUACUCGACAGCUCAUUCUACACAAUUUUCCACUCCUCCUCACGAGCAACAAAUAAUUAACCAACCUUCUUCAAUACAACACUACCAACAUCUACCAAAUAUUAACCAAUCGAAACUUCCUUCAAUUAAAGAAUUAUUGCGAGAGAUUGAAGUUACUGUUCGUAAAGAAGAGAGUAUCAAUGUUGACAAUACAAUACCAGAUAAAAUAACAUCACUCUCCAUCAACGAUCAAACUAUUCACAACGAAAACCAAAGAGAGAGAAACGAAUCAACUACUAAUCAAAUUACAACACAUCACAGAAUUUCAAACUCUAUUAGGGUUGAAAAUACAAAUACUCGUUACAACACCAACCAUUUUGACAAUAAGGGAAUUACCACUUUCGGAAAUAAGAAAAUAUGUAAACAAAAGUCAACCAGAUAUCUUUCAGAAACAGCAAAUUUAAUUCUAAAACAGUGGUUGUAUGAUAAUUGGCACAAUCCAUAUCCAGAUCAAAGCGACAAACAAUAUUUAUCUAAAUUAGCAAACAUCACAGUUGCUCAAGUUAAUAAUUAUUUCAUUAAUGCAAGAAGAAGAGUUUGUAAGAAAAUGAAGAAUCCACCUUCAUCCAUCCAUGCCUUACCAUAAGUCAACUGGAAAGAUUCGAUUCCCAAUUCAAGUUUACAAUAAAAAAAAUACACACAUUAC